AUGUCCUCUGAAAAGGAAAAAAUGGCCACUGAAGCCAAAUCUCCAUCAAACAAGAGCAACUGCACGUCGCCUGGAAAGAAAGGUGACACCGAUGAGUAUGGCUUCUCGAAGGACAAAGACAAAGGCGACACGACGCUGUACCUCUACCAGGAGGAGAUCGAAGAUAGGCCUCGAGCGGCUACGUUCCUCAGUUCUCUGGCGGACUAUUCCAAUACCAUCCCCACUGCCUCGACGGCUGAUCCCGAUGCCCCAAAACCCGCACCCCCCGCUCGUAUGGGCACCCUCAUCGGGGUGUACCUUCCUUGCAUCCAAAACAUUUUCGGCGUUAUCCUCUUCAUCCGUUUAACAUGGGUUGUUGGAACUGCUGGCGCUAUCCAAGGCUUUCUAAUUGUGCUUGUAUGCUGUUGUACGACGAUGCUUACUGCGAUAUCAAUGUCAGCGAUUGCUACGAACGGUGUGGUACCAGCAGGGGGCUCAUAUUUCAUGAUCGGUCGGUCUCUGGGUCCAGAGUGUGGUGGCGCAGUCGGAAUGUUGUUCUAUACAGGCACUACCCUCGCUGCUGCCAUGUAUAUCGUCGGAGCUGUUGAAAUAGUUCUGACGUACAUAGCACCCUGGAUGUCAAUUUUCGGCGAUUUUACUAAGGAUCCUGAAGCGAUGUACAAUAACUUCAGAGUUUACGGAACCGGACUUCUAUUAAUAAUGGGCAUGGUUGUGUUUGUUGGAGUCAAAUUCGUCAACAAGUUUGCUACACUCGCCCUCGCUUGUGUCAUUCUUUCCAUUAGUGCUGUCUACGCUGGCAUCUUUGUAAACUUUAACGGAAACGAUAAACUUCAAAUGUGUGUAUUGGGCAAACGUUUAUUGAAGGACAUUCAUAUUAGUAACUGCAGCAAGGAUUUUGGCGGUGAACUGCAUCAAUUAUUUUGCCCGAAUAAUACAUGCGAUCCGUAUUAUCAACAACACGAAGUUUCAGUGGUUCAAGGCAUUAAGGGAUUGGCAAGUGGAGUUUUCUUUGACAACUUACAAGACUCUUUUCUACAACUUGGACAAUAUAUCGCUUAUGGCAAAGAACCAGAUGACAUUGAACAGAUGGAACGACCAACCUAUAACCAGAUCUAUGCUGAUCUUACUACUACCUUUACAAUUCUCAUAGGCAUCUUCUUCCCAUCCGUAACUGGUAUUAUGGCUGGAUCGAAUCGUUCUGGAGACUUGGCUGACGCUCAAAAAAGUAUUCCAAUCGGAACAAUUUGCGCUAUUCUUACAACAUCAACUGUUUACCUGUCUUGUGUGUUACUUUUCGCUGGAACCGUCGACAACUUAUUGCUAAGAGACAAAUUUGGGCAAUCGAUAGGCGGGAAACUUGUAGUUGCAAAUAUGGCAUGGCCAAAUCAAUGGGUUAUUUUGAUUGGAUCGUUCCUUUCUACCCUCGGAGCUGGAUUACAAUCUUUGACUGGCGCACCACGUUUACUGCAAGCCAUCGCUAAGGAUGAAAUAAUACCUUUCCUUUCACCGUUCGCAGUUUCUUCUAGCCGGGGAGAACCGACAAGGGCUUUAUUAUUGACUAUGGUUAUUUGCCAAUGCGGCAUCCUUCUGGGCAACGUUGAUAUCCUAGCUCCAUUGCUGUCUAUGUUCUUCCUUAUGUGUUACGGAUUCGUCAAUUUAGCUUGCGCUCUGCAAACGCUUUUGAAGACACCCAACUGGCGCCCCAGAUUCAAGUAUUACCAUUGGUCACUCUCACUCGCAGGAUUAACGCUAUGUAUUUCCAUUAUGUUUAUGACAUCAUGGUUUUAUGCCUUAAUAGCUAUAGGCAUGGCUGGUCUUAUCUACAAGUACAUCGAGUAUCGAGGAGCCGAAAAAGAAUGGGGUGAUGGCCUGCGCGGUCUGGCGCUUUCCGCAGCUCGUUACUCAUUAUUGCGUCUUGAAGAAGGACCCCCACACACAAAGAACUGGAGACCUCAAGUUCUUGUUCUUGCUAAACUGAAUGAGGAUCUGAAUCCGAAGUAUAGGAAAAUGCUUGCUUUUGCCAGUCAACUUAAAGCUGGGAAAGGUUUGACAGUAUGUGUAUCCGUGUUGGGUGGUGAUUUUACCCGCCGUGCAGGGGAAGCAGCUACCGCUAAACAAAACUUACGCAAAUGCAUGGAUGAAGAGAAAGUCAAAGGAUUCGUUGAUGUCCUUGUAUCACACAGUAUUGCUGAUGGCCUGGGCCACUUUGUUCAAACGACCGGUCUUGGCGGAUUGAAGCCAAAUACAGUUAUUGUCGGAUGGCCAUAUGGUUGGCGACAAUCGGAAGAUGAACGUACUUGGCAAGUGUUCCUACACACUGUCCGAGCUGUUACCGCCGCGAGAAUGGCCAUGCUGGUACCUAAGGGAAUCAAUUUCUUCCCUGACUCUACUGAAAAGGUCUCUGGUAACAUAGAUAUUUGGUGGAUAGUUCACGAUGGUGGAAUGUUGAUGCUCUUACCAUUCCUGUUGAAGCAUCAUCGCACGUGGAAGAAUUGCAAGAUGCGAAUUUUCACUGUCGCCCAAAUAGAAGAUAACUCCAUACAAAUGAAAAAAGAUCUGAAAAUGUUCCUGUAUCAAUUACGUUUGGAAGCUGAAGUUGAAGUCGUAGAAAUGACUGAUAAUGACAUCUCCGCCUACACUUACGAGCGUACCUUGAUGAUGGAACAACGCAAUCAGAUGUUACGCGAACUGAGACUUAAUAAGAAGGAAUCGCUUGGAAUGAUGCAAAAUUUGGUGGACUAUCGUGAACAAAACGCUGAGGAGAAGUUGCCUCUGGUUCAAGCCAUAGUGGAUCAUCAUCACGCUGACGUGAAGACGGCUAGCAAGGUCCGUUUUGCUGAACCUGGUUCUGAGCCAGCAGCUGAAGACGCACCCUCACCUCCUCUGGCUGAAAACGAUGACAAAGACAAAGAUGAUAAGGACGAAUUUCGAAGUAGUUUGUUGCACAUAAUCGAUUCAAUGUGGGACUCGCCCGAUGAACGCUCGCAGUGUGAGUCGCCAACGCCUCCGAUCGACGGGGACAAACACAAGGACGGCAACCUCAACGGUGACGCGCUUAAACCACAGCCCAACAUGCCGAUACUGACUCCCGACGAGGGAACGGUGCGACGGAUGCACACUGCCGUUAAGCUGAAUGAAGUCAUAGUGUCGCGUUCACACGACGCACAAUUAGUCAUACUGAACCUGCCGGGCCCGCCGCGCGACACUAAACUCGAGAGGGAAUCCAACUACAUGGAGUUCUUGGAGGUGCUGACGGAGGGUCUGGAGAAGGUCUUGAUGGUUCGUGGCGGGGGCCGCGAAGUCAUCACCAUCUACUCGUGA